CUAAGAUGGCGGCAUGUCUGUGAGGAGGCUCGGAUCAAAACUCGAGGGGUUUUUUCCGUCAUCACACGAUUCUUAUGAAUCCACAAAAAACAGACCGAUUAUAAAACAAACAAAAAAUUUUCCACAGUUUUUUUACCCGGCAGUGAGAGGGAUUUUUGAUUGACCCCAUGACAUCUAUUCACUUCGUGGUUCACCCGUUGCCCGGGACCGAGGAUCAGCUCAAUGACAGGCUCCGUGAAGUCUCAGAGAAACUCAACAAAUACAGCUAUAAUAGUCAUCCACACCUUGGUGUUUUGGAGCAGGCAACCUUGAAACAGUGUGUUGUGGGUCCAAACCAUGCCGGAUUUCUCCUUGAGGAUGGACGCGUGUGUAGAAUCAGUUUUGCUGUCCAGCCUGAUCGCCUGGAGCUCAGCAAACCGGACAGCAGUGAUGGUUCAAAGUUGAGCAGUGGUUCAGGGACAGGAAGGAGCUCCAGGCCAGGCAGGACUAGUGAUCCGCCCUGGUUCCUGUCUGGCUCUGACACACUUGGCAGACUGGCAGGCAACACCCUUGGGAGUCGCUGGAGCUCGGGAGUAAACGGAGCUAGUGGAGUAGGAAGUGGUGGAGGAACAGGUGGAGGCGGGACAGGAGGUGGCAGCAGUGGAGGAGGAGGCGGCGGCGGAGGUGGAGGAGGAGGAGGAGGAGGAGGCGGCAGCGGAGGAGGAGGUGGAGGAGGAGGAGGUGGAGGCACAUCGGGAAGGUCUUCAACAGCAGCUCGUGAUUCCCGUCGACAGACCAGGGUGAUCCGUACAGGAAGGGAUCGUGGCUCAGGCCUUCUAGGUAGUCAGCCUCAGCCAGUGAUACCAGCUUCUGUCAUCCCUGAAGAACUUAUAACUCAGGCCCAGGUAGUUCUCCAGGGGAAGUCCAGGAGUGUUAUCAUAAGGGAACUCCAGAGGACCAACCUGGAUGUCAACCUUGCAGUCAACAACCUGCUGAGCCGAGAUGAUGAAGACGGAGACGAUGGAGACGACACGGCCAGCGAGUCUUACCUCCCUGGAGAAGACCUGAUGUCUCUGCUGGAUGCAGACAUUCACUCGGCUCAUCCUAGUGUGAUCAUUGAUGCUGACGCCAUGUUCUCCGAGGACAUCAGCUACUUUGGCUACCCUUCCUUUAGACGCUCCUCACUAUCUCGCCUAGGAUCCUCCAGAGUUCUCCUUCUUCCCUUAGAGCGAGAUUCAGAGCUGUUGCGUGAGAGGGAGUCUGUAUUGAGGUUACGGGAACGCCGAUGGCUAGAUGGGGCCUCAUUUGACACAGAGCGAGGCUCCACCAGCCGUGAGGGUGAGCCCAGCUUGGACAAAAAGAGCAUCCCUGUCCAGAGCCCCGUUUCCCUGGGAGAGGAACUUCAGUGGUGGCCUGACAAGGAUGGUGUGAAGUUUGUGAGUAUCGGUGCCAUGUUCUCAGAGCUGGUGGCUGUCAGCUCCAAAGGAGAACUUUAUCAAUGGAAGUGGAGCGAACCUGAGCCUUACAGGAAUGCACAGAAUCCUUCCAUUCAUCACCCACGUGUGUCCUUCCUAGGCCUGGCUAAUGAAAAGAUCACCUUAUUAUCUGCCAAUAGCAUCAGGGCCACUGUGGCUACGGAGGCCAACAAGGUGGCAACCUGGGUAGAUGACACACUAAGCACAGUGGCCUCUAAGCUCGAGCACAGUGCUCAGGCUUUCCCUGAGCUGCAGGGUGAACGCCUAGUGUCACUGCAUUGCUGUGCCCUCUACACCUGUGCACAGCAGGAGAAUAAUCUCUUCUGGUGGGGAGUUGUGCCUUUUAGUCAACGGAAGAAGAUGCUUGAAAAGGCCAGGGCCAAAAACAAAAAGCCAAAGUCUAGUGCUGGCAUCUCUUCAAUACCCAACAUCACUGUGGGCACACAGGUGUGUUUGAGAAAUAACCCCCUCUACCAUGCCGGUGCAGUGGCCUUCUCUGUCAGUGCUGGGAUUCCCAAAGUGGGAGUCCUGUUGGAAUCUGUUUGGAACAUGAAUGACAGUUGCAGAUUCCAGCUACGCUCACCAGAGAGCCUAAAAAACAUGGAGAAGACCACUAAGACCCAGGAAAUCAAGACGGAAAGCAAACCAGAGCUUGUAAAGACUGAGAUGGGUCCUCCUCCCUCCCCAGCUUCCACCUGCAGUGAUACCUCUUCCAUUGCCAGCAGUGCCUCACUGCCCUACAAGCGAAGGCGUUCCACCCCGGCUCCAAAAGAGGAAGAGAAGGUGAAUGAGGAGCAGUGGCCCCUAAGGGAGGUGGUGUUUGUGGAGGAUGUUAAAAAUGUCCCUGUGGGAAAGGUGCUUAAAGUGGAUGGCGCAUAUGUUGCUGUUAAGUUUCCAGGAACAUCAAGCAGUGUGAGCAACCAGAGCAAUGCUGCUCCCACUGACUCAGACCCUUCAUCCCUGUUACAGGACUGUAGGCUGCUUAGAAUAGAUGAGCUGCAGGUGGUCAAAACUGGCGGGACUCCAAAAGUUCCUGACUGUUUUCAACGAACACCUAAAAAGCUCUGCAUCCCAGAAAAGGCAGAGAUUUUGGCUGUGAAUGUUGACUCCAAAGGAGUCCACGCAGUUUUGAAAACUGCUAACUGGGUAAGGUACUGCAUCUUUGACCUAGCCACAGGCAAAGCUGAACAGGAGAAUAACUUCCCAACUAGCAACCUGGCCUUCCUGGGGCAGAGUGAGCGCAAUGUUGCCAUAUUUACCGCAGGACAGGAAUCUCCGAUCAUCCUUCGGGACGGAAAUGGCACAAUCUACCCAAUGGCCAAGGACUGCAUGGGCGGAAUUCGAGAUCCUGAUUGGUUGGACCUCCCUCCUAUAAACAGCCUGGGAAUGGGGGUGCACUCUCUGGCUAAUCUGCCCUCUAACUCCACAAUUAAAAAGAAAGCUGCUAUAAUUAUUAUGGCUGUUGAGAAACAGACGCUGAUGCAGCAUGUCCUGCGUUGUGACUACGAGGCCUGUCGACAGUAUCUGGUGAACCUUGAGCAGGCUUUCCUGUUGGAUCAGGGCAGCCAGGCUCUUGGAGCCAUCCUGGACAAUCGCUGUGAUGGAAACCGUAACAUCCUUCAUGCUGCUGUCUCUGUCUGCUUUCCUGUUAGUAAUAAAGAGACCAAAGAAGAAGAAGAAGCUGAAAGGUCGGAGAGGAACACAUUUGCAGAGCGUCUGUCUGCUGUGGAGGCAAUUGCAAAUGCCAUCUCCGUGGUAUCAAGCAACAGCUCUGGGAAUAGGACUGGUUCAUCAAGUAGCAGAGGGCUUCGUCUAAGAGAGAUGAUGCGAAGGUCUCUUAGAGCAGCAGGUCUCAGUCGUCAUGAGUCUGGCCCUUCGUCCAGUGACCAUCAAGAUCCUGUAUCACCUCCUAUUGCCCCACCAAGUUGGGUGCCUGACCCGCCACCCAUGGACCCCGACGGUGACAUUGACUUCAUACUAGCUCCAGCAGUGGGUUCCCUAACCACCGCCUCCACUGGGCCCAGCCAGGGACCAAGCACCUCCACCCUACCAGGGACAUCCACUGAGUCGUCUGUGGUGGAAUCUAAAGACAGGAAAGCCAAUGCCCACCUUAUCCUGAAGCUGAUGUGUGACAGUGUUGUUCUGAGGCCACACCUACGGGAGCUGCUCUCUGCCAAAGAUGCCCGUGGAAUGACCCCUUUCAUGCUAGCAGUCAGUGGGAGAGCCUAUCCUGCAGCCAUCACUGUACUGGAGGCUGCUCAGAAAAUGGCUAAGAUGGGUGACCCGAGCAUCACAGAGAAGGAGGAUUCAGAUUCUAUUUUCAUGGAAAUGAUUUGUCCGUUGGGGACAAACCCAGAUGAAUCGCCGCUCUAUGUUCUCUGCUGCAACGACACCUGCAGUUUCACUUGGACUGGAGCCGAGCACAUUAACCAGGACAUCUUUGAGUGUCGGACCUGUGGUCUACUCGAGUCCCUCUGCUGCUGCACUGAGUGUGCAAGGGUAUGUCACAAAGGACAUGACUGCAAGUUGAAGAGGACUUCCCCAACAGCAUACUGUGACUGUUGGGAGAAAUGUAAGUGUAAAACAUUGAUAGCUGGCCAAAAGGCAGCUCGCCUGGAUCUGCUGUACAGGCUACUCACAACCACCAACCUCGUCACCACGCCAAACAGCAGGGGAGAGCAUAUAUUACUGUUCCUGGUGCAGACUGUUGCUAGGCAAAGUGUUGAGCACUGUCAGUACAGACCACCACGCAUUAGAGAAGACAGAAACCGCAAAGCUGCUAAUGCAGAAGAAUCUGAUAUGCCAGAUCAUGACCUAGAACCUCCCCGCUUUGCUCAGCUGGCUCUGGAGAGAGUCUUGCAGGACUGGAAUGCCCUGAAGUCAAUGAUCAUGUUCGGUUCUCAGGAGAACAAAGACCCACUUAGUGCCAGCAGCAGAAUUGCUCACCUCCUACCUGAAGAGCAGGUCUACUUGAAUCAACAGAGUGGCAGCAUUCGCCUUGACUGUUUCACCCACUGCCUCAUUGUCAAGUGUGCUCCUGACAUCACUUUUAUUGACACCUUACUGGGUACGCUGGUAAAGGAGCUGCAGAACAAGUACACCCCUGGCCGGCGAGAGGAGGCAGUCAGCGUCACCAGGAGGUUCCUGCGUUCUGUAGCGCGGGUUUUUGUCAUACUUAGCGUUGAGAUGGCCUCAUCCAAGAAGAAAAACAACUUCAUCCCCCAGCCAAUUGGAAAAUGCCGUCGAGUUUUCCAAGCUCUGUUGCCCUAUGCUGUGGAGGAGCUAUGUAAUGUAGCAGAGUCGCUGAUUGUUCCUGUCCGAAUGGGUAUAGCAAGACCCACUGCUCCUUUCACCUUAGCCAGUACCAGUAUUGAUGCUGUUCAGGGUAGCGAGGAGCUCUUCUCUGUCGAACCUCUCCCUCCCAGACCCUCACCGGACCAGUCUAGCAGCUCCAGCCAGACAGCUGCCUCCUACAUCAUCAGGAAUCCACAGCCUAGGCGCAGCAGCCAGUCUCAGCCUGUCAGAGGAAGAGAAGAGGAUCAGGAUGACAUUGUGUCAGCAGAUGUCGAAGAGGUUGAAGUUGUAGAGGGAGUUGCAGGUGAAGAAGACCAUCAUGAUGACCAAGAGGAACAGGGAGAGGAAAAUGCUGAGGCAGAAGGUCAACAUGAUGAGCAUGACGAGGAUGGGAGUGACAUGGAGCUUGAUCUGCUGGCUGCAGCCGAAACAGAGAGUGACAGUGAAAGUAACCACAGCAACCAGGACAAUGCCAGCGGCCGCAGGAGCGUCGUCACAGCAGCAACUGCUGGCUCUGAAGCAGGUGCCAGCAGUGUCCCUGCCUUCUUCUCAGAGGACGACUCCCAGUCGAAUGACUCCAGCGACUCUGACAGCAGCAGCAGUCAAAGUGACGAUGUGGACCAGGAGACAUUCCUUUUGGAUGAGCCUCUGGAAAGGACAUCGAACACUUCACACAGCAACAGUGCAGCCCAGGCUCCUCGUUCAAUGCAGUGGGCUGUUCGAAACACACCCAGCCAGAGGGUGACUGGAAGUGCUCCCUCCAGCUCCUCAACACCAGCUGCUAGCUCCACAGGCCUGAUAUAUAUUGAUCCCACCAACCUGCGUCGCUCUAGCGCUAUCAGCUCCAGUGCUGCAGCGGCAGCAGCAGCUCUUGAGGCGAGCAACACCAGCAGCUAUCUGACGUCUGCCAGCAGCCUAGCACGAGCAUACAGCAUUGUCAUCAGGCAAAUUUCAGAUCUCAUGAGUCUGAUUCCAAAGUACAACCAUCUAGUCUACUCGCAGUACCCUGCUGCUGUUAAGCUUACCUACCAGGAUGCAGUUAACCUACAGAACUAUGUUGAAGAAAAGCUGAUUCCAACUUGGAACUGGAUGGUGUCUAUCAUGGAUUCUACAGAGGCUCAAUUAAGAUACGGCUCAGCACUGUCCUCUGCUGGUGACCCAGGUCAUCCCAGUCACCCACUCCAUGCCUCCCAGCACUCAGCUCGCAGGGAGCGUAUGACUGCUCGGGAGGAGGCCAGCCUUCGAACCCUGGAAGGUCGCAGGAGAGCAGCUACCCUGCUGACAACUCGCCAUGGCAUGAUGUCUGCGCGGGGAGACUUCUUGAACUAUGCCUUGUCAUUGAUGCGCUCCCACAAUGAUGAGCACUCUGAUGUUCUUCCUGUACUGGAUGUGUGCUCCCUUAAACAUGUGGCAUACGUUUUCCAGGCUCUCAUUUACUGGAUUAAGGCCAUGAACCAGCAGACCAAUUUGGACAACCAACAAAUGGACAGAAAAAGGAAUCGUGAGAUUUUAGAACUGGGUUUGGACAAUGAGGAUUCUGAACAUGAGAAUGACGAGGACACCAACCAAAGUUCCACGCUGCAGGACAAGGACGAUGACCAAGUCCCAUCCGAAACCGGUCAGAACCACCCCUUCUUCCGUCGUUCUGACUCCAUGACUUUCCUGGGCUGUAUCCCACCCAACCCCUUCGAUGUCCCCCUGGCUGAAGCCAUUCCCCUGGCAGACCAGCCCCAUCUCCUGCAGCCUAAUGCCAGGAAGGAGGAUCUGUUUGGUCGUCCCUCUCAGGGCUUGUACUCUUCCUCAUACAUGACAACUAAAGGCCUAGCUGAAGCAAGCAUGGACAGGAACUGCCUGGAGGUAAACAUGGGCUCCUCUCUACCCUCCCCCUCUCAGAUCCUGCCAACAAAGAUGUCCUACUCAGCCAACCUGAAAAAUGUAAUGAGUAUGGAUUGUGGCCAGGGGAGCAGAGGGAACCAGUCACUGGUGGAUCAGGAGGUGGAAGCUUCAAAACAAGGCCCAUCACCUCAUGACCUCGCUGCCCAGCUGAAGAGCAGCCUUCUUGCAGAGAUCGGCCUCACUGAGAGCGAUGGACCUCCUCUCCCAUCUUUCAGACCUCAUUGUAGUUUCAUGGGGAUGAUGAUCUCACAUGACAUGCUGCUUGGCCGCUGGCGUCUGUCACUGGAGCUCUUUGGACGCGUCUUCAUGGAGGAUGUCGGAGCAGAGCCUGGAUCUAUUCUUACAGAGCUGGGUGGCUUUGAGGUAAAGGAAUCUAAAUUCCGUCGCGAGAUGGAGAAGCUGAGGAACCUGCAGUCCCGUGAUCUGGCCCUGGAAGUGGACAGAGAUCGAGACCAGCUAAUACAGCAGACUAUGCGUCAGCUAAAUACACACUUUGGUAGGCGCUGCACAACAACACCCAUGGCCGUGCACCGGGUGAAGGUCACCUUUAAAGAUGAACCAGGCGAGGGAAGCGGUGUGGCACGGAGCUUCUACACAGCCAUUGCCCUGGCCCUCCUCUCCAAUGACAAGCUGCCUAAUCUGGACUGUGUUCAGAGUGUCAGCAAGGGCAUGCAGGCCAGCAAUCUAAUGCAGCGCUUGAGAAACAGAGAUAGGGAACGAGAGCGGAGAAGUGGAGGACUUCGAGCAGGAUCUCGGAGAGACCGUGACAGAGACUCAAGGAGACAGCUGUCCAUAGACACCAGGCCUUUCAGACCCUCAUCAGAGGGAAACCCCAGUGAUGAGCCCGACCCUCUUCCUGCUCACAGACAAGCCCUGGGUGAAAGGCUCUACCCCCGGGUUCAUGCAAUGCAGCCGGCAUUUGCCAGUAAAAUAACAGGCAUGUUGUUGGAGCUGUCCCCUGCCCAGCUCCUGCUGCUGCUGGCUAGUGAAGAUUCUCUCAGAGCAAGGGUCGAGGAGGCCAUGGAGCUUCUCAUUGCACACGGCAGAGAAAAUGGUGCCGACAGCAUAUUGGACCUGGGUCUCCUGGAGGCUCCAGAGAAAGCACAACAAGAAAACCGUAAGCGCCAUUGUUCAACGCGCAGUGUGGUGGACAUGGAGCUUGAUGAUCCAGACGAUGGUGACGACAAUGCGCCUCUCUUCUACCAGCCCGGCAAAAGAGGCUUCUACUCUCCUCGCCCUGGCAAGAACACAGAAGCCAGACUUAACUGCUUCCGUAACAUUGGCAGAAUACUGGGCUUAUGUCUGCUUCAGAAUGAGCUCUGUCCAAUCACGUUGAACAGACAUGUCAUCAAAGUGCUGCUUGGAAGGAAGGUGAACUGGCAUGACUUCGCAUUCUUUGACCCAGUCAUGUACGAGAGCCUGCGGCAACUCAUCCGCCAUUCUCAGGCUGGUGAAGCAGAAGCAGUUUUUGCUGCCAUGGACCUGGCCUUCGCGAUUGACCUCUGCAAAGAGGAGGGGGCUGGACAGGUGGAGCUUUUGUCUGGUGGUGUCAAUAUGCCAGUGACUCCUCUCAAUGUGUACGAGUAUGUCAGGAAGUAUGCAGAGCACAGAAUGCUUGUGGUGGCUGAGCAGCCUCUCCAUGCAAUGAGGAAAGGUUUACUGGAUGUACUGCCUAAGAAUGCCCUGGAGGACCUGACGGCAGAGGACUUCAGGCUGCUGGUGAACGGCUGUGGAGAAGUCAAUGUCCAGAUGCUCAUCAGCUUCACCUCCUUCAAUGAUGAAUCUGGUGAGAAUGCAGACAAACUACUGCAGUUUAAACGCUGGUUUUGGUCCAUAGUGGAGAAGAUGAGCAUGACCGAGAGGCAAGACCUGGUUUACUUCUGGACCUCCAGUCCAUCUUUACCAGCCAGCGAGGAGGGCUUCCAGCCAAUGCCCUCCAUCACGAUUCGGCCUCCAGAUGACCAGCACCUCCCCACAGCCAAUACCUGCAUCUCACGCCUUUAUGUGCCACUCUAUUCUUCAAAACAGAUACUUAAACAGAAGCUCCUGCUAGCCAUUAAGACCAAGAACUUUGGUUUUGUGUAGAGGCUUGACAGAAAAGAGUUCAAAAGGAAUAAGAAAACAUGUUUACUGUUGUGAAAUAUUUACCUAGCUUAAUUUUUGUAGAUUAAUUUUCUGUGUAUACAGUUUUACGAAUUUGACAUACUGUCGCUAUCUUCCCAGGCUGUAAUAUUUGUGUUGUGAACACAAACACCUUGUUAUUUUUUAUUUUUGUUUUUUUUUUGUGUUCAUGAAGUCCAGAACAUUCCUCCAUUGGCCCCAGUAAAAUCUAAACCCCACAGCCAUGCUCUAAUGGCUCAAACCUUAGCUUCCCAAGAUAUGUGGUUUGACAGAAGACUGUCAGCCGAAACCCAGCCAAAGAUGACAGCAGUAGAAGUAUUUAAAAGAAAAGACACACUGUGACUGAGUUUCCUUUCCCUAAAAUACUAUCAGUGACAGUUCACUGCUGCCUUUGUGGAAAGUCCUUUUUCUUGUACAAGGGAAGUAGGGAAUUUCAAAAAUAAACUUGGAUGCAAAUAA